AUGGCCAUCGUUAUUCCUCGCUGCCACAGCCUGCUUUCCCUCCACCCAACUCUUCCUACAUCACACCACCCAUCUAUCCCCCUUUAUCGUUCUUUGCACGCACCCGCCUCUCCCUCUCUCAGACUCCAGACGAAGGGCACGUUCCAACCGCAUGAAACCAGCCAGACGGAGCACGAGAUGUGUCAGUAUCUGGAGUGGGAACUCAAUGUGGAUCCGGUGACGUUCAGGGAGUUCGAAGACAUGGUCAAGAAGUAUCUGGUACAUCAACAACUUUACCCUUCUCACAUUCUUCCCUCAUCAUCCCAGACAACUCCUCCUCCUACCACAAAUCCCUUUCUGCCUCCUCCAGCCACUUUGGCACCUACACCUACAUAUUCUUUGCACCCACCCGCCAAAGCCUGA